GACGCGAGACGCUGAGCCCGGGGCUGGUGCGUGCGGGCGCCCCUGAGACCCGAGCCCCCAUGGCGGAGAAACCUCUCAGCACCGCUGCGGCCGAGCGCAUGAACCUCGUGGCCCAGGAUGAGAUCUGGAAAUACCGCCUAAAGGCUGAAACUGAAGCACGGCAAAACUGGGCCCAGAACUGGGGAUUUUUAACAACCCCUCUCGAGGAGAUACCAAAUGCCUAUAUGGGCUUCAGUGGGAUGGUGGCCACCAGACUACAGCCUUUCAAACCACCUCCAGGACAGGACACCCAGAAGCCACAUUUCUUUGGACGGAUGCAGAACCACUUGCUCAAGGGUGAAGAAAAACCCCCCACCCCAAAGCCCAAAAUCGAGCUUCCCGAGCGGUUCCACAUCCGGCCCGUGACCCCAGUGGAGAAAUACAUCAAGAUCCUGCCAUCGCCCCCAAUCCCGAAGACGACCCAGGGCUUCAUCGGAUGGAGAUCCGGGGUGCCCGGCCUGAACAAGUGUCUGGAGCACGAUCAUGAGAUCAGAAGCUGCAAGGGGGCAUAUGCCAAAGAGCUAGGCUGGCCGAAGCAAGGCAUCCACUGAGUCCAGAUAGACUGCAGGCCCUGGGCAAGAGCGGGUCGACCCAACCACCGGGCACCCAGUGUCCAUGCCCAGGAAGGGGGGCGCUCCCCCAGCAGAUGGGGUUCCCCUCCACAUUUGCUCAGCAGAUGUUGCAAAGAACAUGAAAUAGCCCUUUGACUUUUUUAGUUCAUCUACCCUCCCUUCCAGAACAUUCUCAUCACACACUCAUUCUUGAUUAAUGUAAUAAAUAAGGCAAAAUGGA